AUGCCCGCUUCGAUGUUCGAUAGGGCCCGCGAGAGACGAAAGGUGAAGAAGGCGAAAAAUAGGGAAACAGUCGAAACAUCUGGUCCACAACCGGGCAUUGCGCGGAGUAGCACACCGAGAACACCAAAUACUACGAAUGCUAACACUUUGACGCUCAGUUCGGGGAAUCUGCUCGUGGAUAGUUCUGGAGGCACUCUCAAUAUACACAACAACACACUCAAAGUUGGUGCUGGUGCUGGUGCUGGUGUUUCUACUGGUGCUGGAGUGCAAGAAACGACUUCUCACCCUACCGCAUUGCCUCUCAAUGGUGACCGGAAACUGGAGACAAGGCAAUUGUCCCUCUCGAGGAGACUGAAGAUCACAAGCACUAGUAAGAGAAAUGUGGAUCAGGACACACAGUACUCAUUAACCACCUCCGGGAGACGCAAAGCGCUCGCAUUGGAGUUGGGGUACCACGAAUCAAGAGUCUCGCACCACCUUGUUCUUCUCCAUCUCGACGAACUGCCAAUGGUCCAACAGGGUGACUUGUGCGAAUUGAAGACAUAUACGGGGAAGGAACCCUCCGCAAAAAAUACGGGCAAGAAGAUCUUCUUCAUUGCACACGACUUCCCAGAAGAUUUGAAAAGAAGGUGCCAGAAGAACUCAACACAAAGAAUAUCCAUCAUGCUAGGACAACUGCAAAACUUAAUAGACCUACCAGCACGGUCAAAAGUCUGGAUCAAAGUCAAGGAGAAAGAAACCUACGCUGCCGAUGUAAUAGAAAUCCACAUUAAAGAUUGUGCACUUAACAGAGGUGACAUGUGGGUAUUCUCUGGGAAGCUGCUCGAUACGUGUGUCUUUGCUGGACAAAAAGUACAGUUCAUGGAUUCCACUAGAGGAACAGUCAAGGGCGUCUUUAGAGAUGGGAAGAAAAUCUUGUCCAGUUACGUUGGGGAAAAAACAAGAGUAGUCUUCAGAUCAGAGUCAGCAAGAUUAAUGUUCCUAAUACAAAUUACGGAAGAGAUGUGGCAUUUUGACGAAUCGGGCGAGCAACUAUUCCAGAAAAUGAUCAACUCUUUCUUCCCCAAGAUUUUUAAAAGAUGGAAAAAUAUAGACACCCAUCAUUCAAUCACAAUAGCAUUUGCCGUAUCAAUGGACCUUUCAGAUUCCUCUUCGUACAUGAAUUUGAAGCCCGGCGAGAAGUUGAAAAAUCCUUCAGAUAUUUACCGUAUUGUAGUGGAUCAAGUGAACAUUAUCCAUUGGGUUGAAAUCUUGGAAACGUUGGGGAGAGAGUUCGUCAAUUUGCGUCAGGAUUUGCUCAACGUGAAAAGCGAAAAGGGCUACACAAUAGUGGAAAGAAGAUUUGCCCCAAUUAUCAAAUCAAACUUUUUAGAAAUGAUUAACUUUGCAUCCACCAUACUUGCCGAUCCAUUUAAACAAGUGGAUUUGAGACAUACAACCACCCACGUCAUGAUCAUAUCCCCUGGUAGAGGACUUUACGACGUCGAUUUUGACCUGCUGAAUCUUACGGGGAAAAAAUUGCUAUCAUUAGAAAUGACAAUGGAUCUUAUUUGUCUCUCUAGAGCACCACUUCAUAUUAUACCUUUAUUCAGAUACUUGGAUUACGAAAAAAAACUACAUUACUGCAUACCGAAGUGGCUGAGUAUCUUUUUUUGGAAUGAUUCAACCAAGGAUACGGACCAAUGGCAUCCCAGGUCUCAAAUCUACGACCUACAAAUGAUGGGUUUAACUGAUAAUGAAAUAGUAAAACAAGCAGAGAUAGGAUAUUUAACUCCCACUAAAAACAUCGAAUCAGUCUCGCAAAUGAUACGUAACUUUGAAAGUACCGUCUUCAAACAUCCCGAAUUAAAGGAAAGUAAAAGAACGGAUGUCCUUAAAGUCGAACAAUCGUUGGGGCCAGAAACCAAUGGUGAGCCCACUGGAGUAUCCAAGAACUUGCUUUGGAAUAAUUUGACUUUCUCUCAGCCAGCUAUAAAUGGAAUUCAGAAACCGGAAGUAACCGCUGAUAUAUAUACCGCUGACUCACCUACAGAGAAUGAAACUCCAAAUAAAAGCCCAACAGAAUCACGUUCUAGCAGAAAUGUUUCACGGAAAAACUCUUUGGCCGUAAAUACUUUAAGAGGGCUAACCCAGAAAAGUUCGGUAAAAGACUUCACCAGAAGAAUAAUCAAUAAGUUCACCCAAAGCUCAGAACAAAAAUCACCGGUCGAAGAAACUGCCCCAAUAAGUUCAGCAGGUUCUGUGCCGAAAGACUUGUCCAAUUUCAAGAAAAACCCCUCCGAGCAAAAUCUAACUAUAAUGAAAAACCUGUCCAUUUUCGAACCCCGAAUUAAAGAAACUUCAUCGGAAAAUCAGACAGAAACCGUUUCUCAUCCAAAUUCUCUUGUGACAGAAAACUCUUCGAGAUUCUCAAACGCGCUUAAUAGGUACCCAUUUGCAAACGAGGAAAUUAAACUGGAAGUAGACGACCAUAUCUACAUAUUCAACGAGACCUGGGUUGAAAUAACGAAUCCAUCGGUUCCGGUAAGUGGCCAGUUGGCAGAUAAACUGAUACCAGUCCGGUGGAAGGAUGUCUGGCCCAAGUACGUUGCAAAAAAAUACAGCAAAUGGCGCUCUUUUUCAACACCUGCUGAAUUGCCUGUAACCGUAUCGAAUUUCCCAUCUGUCAAAGACUUUGAAGAAAAUUUUAUUUUCAGAAACCAUUCCGUUACCUUAAACAUUGAUCAGGAAGCUUACAAUCAAACCUAUAUUGAUUUACUAAGAAAUAUGAUAUAUUCUCGAUUAAUUUGCGGAUUUCAGUUAUGUGUUGGCGAGCAGGUUGAGUUGAUUGAAAAGCAAAUCGACAAAGACGCCCCAUUAGUGGCAAAGUACAUUGAUAAUAGAAAUUGGAAUAUGCUAAAAGUGUACACAAUGAUUGAUUCAGAAAUCCACAGAAUAACAUGCGGUAAUAAUGGCGUUAUAGAUGUUCAACGUUAUUUGAGGAAGAACGAGACAAGUCCUUUUGAUCAAGUGCCAAGCCAUAUACCACUUGUAAAAACCAGGUACGAAAAUGAGUAUCACGCUGCCAAGAUUGAUCCCAUACAUACAUUUCGUGAGUCAUUGAACUGGAACCAAAUAGAUCAGGCGCUGGCUGGAUAUGGUGAUUUUAUUGUAGACAAGAAGUGGAAUGGAUUCCGGGCUAAAUUUGUACUUCUACCUGCAACUUCCAGACCUAGUACAUUUUCAAUAGUCAUUAACGGCAAAAACGAAACCUUAUCCCCCGAGGAAUUGAGAUUGGAGGGACUCAGAAGGGUUAUUGCAUCCAUAACAAAGUCAAGGUUGAAAACGGAACAAGAGAAAAAAAUGAAGAAAUCGAAAAUCGAAGAAAUUCAGCCCGAAGUUACGUUUUACACUGGAUCUUUGUUCAAUUUCAUAAGUGAACAGCGGGAUUCUUUGGAGAAAUCAGAUCUCAACUACAGUGACACACUGUUUGUGAAAGAUACUAACCUUUUAUCCAAAGAUAUGGAACUUUACAAACUAGCCCACGAAAUGCAACAUGGUAUUUCUAAGCUCAGACUGGUAAACAGAACCUGGCAUUGGAAGAGACAUAAAAAUUGUUUUGUAGGAUCUGAAAUGGUCAACUGGUUGAUACGGAACUUUUCAGAUAUUCAUACAAGAGACGAAGCCACAGAGUACGGCCAGGAAAUUAUGAGCAAGGGUUUAUUUGUCCAUGUGCUGAAUAAGCAUAGUUUCCUUGACGGUCAUUAUUUUUAUCAGUUUUCUCCGGAGUACAUCAUUGAUUCGAACCAGGUUAAUAAACUAAACAGAAAUAAUGGUUCACUAAACGAAACGAACCAACUCUUGAGAAAAACAUCUUCUCAGAGUAUUCCUGAAACUGCAGCUUCUGUUUCGCUUGUAACAAGUCACGCUAAUUCGUCGACUGGGCGAGAUGAUCAGACCGUACUGACUCGGUCGAAUACUCUACCGGAAAGACCCAUUGUAGUUCUAAGUAAUUCGGUUCUGAUAGAUGUGGAUCCUCUUAAAAAGUCAUAUCGACAGGAAACAUGUACUGUUCAUUACGACCGAGUACACAAUCCUGAUCAUUGCUUCCACAUAAGAUUGGAGUGGCUUGCAACAACACCGAAAUUACUUGACGACCUAAUUGCAAAUUGGUCCAGAAUUUGUGAACGUUAUGGUUUGCGCUUGAUCGAAAUUCCUUGGGAGGAACUCUGCACGAUACCAAGUAUGAAUCCGUUUCAUUCGUUCGUUGAAAUAUCUCUGGCUAUCAAUCCAUGGAAAGAUCCAGAAUUUUAUGACCCUGAAAUAUUUUCCAAAAGCAAGUUUUAUUAUCAUACGCAUUUAUUGAGACAUAGCGGUUUUAUGCUAGACAACAGAGCUUCUACAUUUCUGCAAGAAGGGGAUGUUGAGUUUGAAAUCAGAUAUUCUUGGGGUCGGCCACAGUUUAAGUACGCUCAGUUCAUUCACAAUACUGGCACUUACAUUGCUGAGAUCCGGGAGAAUGGUGAUCUUUUUUUGGCACCAAAUAAUAUACACAUAUCCAGGGUAUCUCAAGGUAAUAUUCAUGGGAAAAUUCACACGCCUAAAAAAAAUACUGUCAACGCUCAGGCUAUUAUGGAAACGUUUCGCAAAACAUGUACUAAUUACGAAAUGCUGCGUAAUGAGUUUCUCGAAAUUAAGGAAAUAUGGGACUCAGAUCAAAGUACACGAGACGAGUCAUUAAUAAUUCGAAAUUGA